AUGGAAGCAGCAAAGGCAGCCGUCCAGAAGAUCACCGGUAACCGGGGCCACCACACCACGGUGGAAGAAGUGGUCAACCCAGCAGUCACUCAUGAAACUGUCAAGCCUCACCGGCAUGAGGAAGCCACCCAAGCCGUCGACCGCGAGGUGCAUCAACAUCACUACCACACCACGGUGCAGCCUCUAACCCACACCGAAAGACUCCCAGAGAAGCAUCACCACAACAUCUUGCCCGUCGAGCACCGGGAGUUUCACCAUGACAACGAGUCCGAGACCAAGGAGAGGAUUGCCACCGACCUAGGUCGUUUCAAGGACCACUCGACGACUCAUGAGACUCACCACACUCAAGCCGCCGCACCGACCGUUACUGGAGAGCAUGUCCAUCAUCAUGUCCAUGAAACCGUGGUGCCUGUCGUGCACAAGGAGACCAUCCAGCCCGAGGUCGUGCACACCACCGUUCCCAUUCACGAGACACACCAUGCUGCAGCUCAACAUCACGGACUUUCGGCACUGCCAAUGAAGACCUUGGACGAAUUUAAAAAGGUUGGCGGGUCUCUCACCGGCGGAAGCCAUUCUGCGCAUGAAGAGUAUCAGGGUGCGCCGCGACCAUAUAAUGACAAACUUUCUACGACGUUUGAGAAGCUAGAGGAAAAGUUCCAUGGCACUUCUUCGAGCCCUACCACCAACAAGACUCAUCGACCUACUGACUCUGGGGUGAGUGGUGUUGGCCACGAGCACGGUAACGCUGGUGCUCUGGGAAAAGAACACCACCACGUGGCCGGAAAUGGACUUGAUUCUGCCAAUCGGCAUGACGAGGGUGUCAAACCCAGUUUGGGCGACCGAUUGAACCCUCGUGUAGACGCUGAUCGGGAUGGAAAAACUGGUUUGAUGGAUUAA